AUGUUCUAUUUUGUUCUGUUCCAGCUGCUCCAGAAGAACAUCAUCAGUUUUAUAAAAAAGGAGCUGAAGAAGAUCCAGAGAGCUCUGAGUCCAGAUUACCCAGAAUGCUUAGAGAGUCAGAGGGAGGAUGAGGAUGAAGAGCAGAGGAGGAGCAGAGAGGCACUUCUGAAGAUCACUCUGCACUUCCUGAGGAGAAUGAAGCAGGAGGAGCUGGCUGACUGUCUGCAGAGCAAGUGCCAACAUAAACUGAAGUCUAACUUCAAGAAAAAGUUCCAAUGUGUUUUCGAAGGGAUAGCCAAAGCAGGAAACCCAAACCUUUUGAACCAGAUCUACACAGAUCUCUACAUCAUGGAGGGAGGGACUGGAGAGGUCAAUGAUGAACAUGAGGUCAGACAGAUUGAAACAGCAAUCAAAAAAACAGACGCACCAGAAUCCACCAUCAAACAAGCAGACAUCUUUAAAGUCUCACCUAGAGGAGAUAAACCUAUCAGAACAGUGAUGACAAAGGGAGUGGCUGGCAUUGGAAAAACAGUCUUAACACAGAAGUUCACUCUGGACUGGGCUGAAGACAAAGCCAACCGGGACAUCCAGCUCAUAUUCCCCUUCACUUUCAGAGAGCUGAAUGUUCUGAGAGAGAGAAAGUUCAGCUUGGUGGAACUUGUUCAUCUCUUCUUCACUGAAACCAAAGAAGCAGGACUCUGCAGGUUUGAAGAGUUCCAGGUUCUGUUCAUCUUUGACGGUCUGGAUGAGUGUCGAUUUCCUCUAGACUUCCACAACAAUCAGAUCCUGACUGAUGUUUCAAAGUCCACCUCAGUGGAUGUGCUGCUGACAAACCUCAUCAAGGGGAACCUGCUCCGCUCUGCUCGCCUCUGGAUCACCACACGACCUGCAGCAGCCAAUCAGAUCCCUCAAAGGAGUGUUGACAUGGUGACAGAGGUCAAAGGGUUCACUGACCCUCAUAAGGAGGAGUACUUCAGGAAGAGAUUCAGAGACCAGGAGCAGGCUAACAGAAUUAUCUCCCACAUUGAGACAUCCAGAAGCCUCCACAUCAUGUGCCACAUCCCGGUCUUCUGCUGGAUCACUGCUACAGUUCUGGAGGAUGUGCUGACAACCAGAGAGGGACGAAAGCUGCCCAAGACCCUGACUGAGAUGUACAUCCAUUUCCUUGUGGUCCAGUCCAAACUGAAGAGCAUCAAGUACGAUGGAGGAGCUGAGGCUGAUCCACCCUGGAGUCCAGAGAGCAGGAAGAUGAUUGAGUCUCUGGGGAAACUGGCUUUUGAGCAGCUGCAGAAAGGAAACCUGAUCUUCUAUGAGUCCGACCUGAUGGAGUGUGGCAUCAAUAUCAGAGCAGCCUCAGUGUACUCAGGAGUGUUCACACAGAUCUUCAGAGAGGAGAGAGGACUAAGCCAGGACAAGGUGUUCUGCUUCAUCCACUUGAGCGUUCAGGAGUUUCUGGCUGCUCUUCAUGUCCAUCUGACCUUCACCAACUCUGGACUCAACCUGCUGCUGGACGGACAAUCAACAUACGGACCCCAUUAUGAAAAAUCCUCCACAAUUUAUUACAACUUUACUGCUGCACCUGAAUUGAAACACAUCUACUUCUGUGCCGUGGACAAGGCUUUACAGAGUCCAAAUGGACACCUGGACUUGUUCCUCCGCUUUCUCCUGGGUCUUUCACUGCAGACCAAUCAGACCCUCCUGAGAGGUCUGCUGACACAGACAGAAAGUAGCUCACAGACCAACCAGGAAACAGUUGAGUACAUCAGACAGAAGAUCAAUAAGAAUCUGUCUGCAGAGAGAAGCAUCAACCUGUUCCACUGUCUGAAUGAAUUGAAUGAUCAUUCUCAGGUGGAGGAGAUCCAACAGUCCCUGAGAUCAGGAUGUCUUCGCUCAGAUAAACUGUCUCCUGCCCAGUGGUCAGCUCUGGUCUUCAUCUUACUGUCCUCAGAGAAAGAUCUUGACCUAUUUGACCUGAAGCAGUACUCUGCUUUAGAAAAGGCUCUCCUUAGGCUGAUGCCAGUGGUCAAAGCCUCCAACAAAGCUCUGCUGAAGGACUGCGAUCUAUCACAGAGAAGCUGUGAAGCUCUGUCUUCAGUCCUCGGCUCCCAGUCCUCCAGUCUGAGAGAGCUGGUCCUGAGUAACAACAACCUGCAGGAUUCAGGAGUGAAGCUUUUGUGUGCUGGACUGGGGAGUUCUCAUUGCAAACUGGAAAUUCUCAGGUUUACUGAUUGUAACCUGUCAAUGAAGAGCUGGGAAGCUCUGUCUAUGGUCCUUGAGUCCCUGUCUUCCAGUCUGAAAGAGCUGGACCUGAGUAAAAACAAGUUGCAGGAUUCAGGAGUGGACCUACUGUGUACCGGACUGGCAAGUCCACACUGUAAACUGGAAACUCUUAGGUUAAUCGAAUGUAACCUCCCAAAGAAGAGCUAUGUGCGCCUGUCUUCAGUCCUCAGUUCCCAGUCCUCCAGUCUGAGAGAGCUCGACCUGAGUAACAACAACCUGCUGGAAUCAGGACUGGAACUGCUGUCUGUUGGACUAAAGAGUCCACACUGUACACUGGAAACUCUCAGGUUCACUGGAUGCACCCUGUCAGAGAGAAGCUGUGAAGUUCUAUCUUCAGUCCUCAGUUUCAAGUCCUCCAGUCUGACGGAGCUGGACCUGAGUAACAACGACCUGCAGGAUUCAGGAGUAAAGCUGCUUUCUGUUGGACUGAAGAGUCCACGCUGUAAACUGGAAACUCUCAGGUUUACUGGAUGUAACCUCUCAGAGAAGAGCUGUGAAGCUCUGUCUUCAGUCCUCAGCUCCCAGUCCUCCAGUCUGAGAAACCUGGACCUGAGCAACAACAACCUGAAGGAUUCAGGAGUAAAGCUACUGUGUGCUGGACUGAAGCGUCCACACUGUAACCUGAAAACUCUCAGUCUGUCAGGCUGUUUGAUCACAGAGAAAGGUUUUUCCUCACUGGCCUCAGCUCUGAGCUCUAACCGCUCCCAAUUGGUAGAGCUGGACCUGAGCUACAAUCAUCCAGGAGACUCAGGAAUACAGGUGUUGUCUGCUAGACAGGAGGAUCCACUUUGCAGUCUGGCUACACUGAGGGUGGACCAUUGUGGAGAGCAGAGAUUAAAACCUGACAAAAGGAGAUAUUUCUGUGAACUCACUCUGGACUCCAACACAGCACACAGAGACCUCAAACUGUCUAAAAACAAGAAGAAGGUGACACAUGUUGAAAAGGAUCAGUCAUACCCUGUUCAUCCAGACAGAUUUGAACACAGGUUCCAGCUGCUGUGUGAAGAUGGUCUGACUGGUCGCUGUUACUGGGAGGUCAAGUGGAGAGGAGGGGUUAAUAUAUCAGUGUGUUACAGAGGAAUCAGCAGGAAAGGGGGCAAUACUGACUGUAUGUUUGGAUAUAAUAAUCAGUCCUGGAGUCUGAUCUGCUCUGACGAUGGUUACUCUGUCUGGCACAAUAACAAAGAAACAGUCCUCCCUCUCUUCUCAGCCUCAGUCUCUCACAGAGUAGGAGUGUAUGUGGACUAUCCUGCUGGUACUCUGUCCUUCUACAGAGUCUCCUCUGACACACUGACCCACCUCCACACCUUCAACACCACAUUCACAGAACCUCUCUAUCCUGGGUUUGGAUUUAUUUACAGGUACUAUGAUUCCUCAGUGACUCUGUGUUCUCUGUAGGAGGGAGAAUCUCCUCCUCUUCACAAACCCUACAGACCAACAACUUCUGAGGAACAAUUAACUCUCUGCACUAACACACAAAAUGCUGAGUGCUAACGCUAAUGGUGCUACUCAGUGCUUACAGUGUAUUGUGCUAUAGUCUGCUACUCAUUGGAUGUGACAGAGUGACUCCAGCAAGGUUGCUUCUGUUCAUGCCUUGGGUGCAAAAUAUGUCAUCAGCACAGU